AUGCAGCUCAUACCCAACGGUCGCGGACGGAUGCCGUCCAUGGACAACGUCAUCCAGCUCUUGUCGAACCCGGCCCCAGCCCUGACGAAUUUGGACCUGAGCGGCGUGCAGAUCGGGCUGAAGUGCCACAUCCCGCUCUGCGCCGCCAUCCGCUCGCACCCGGCGCUGCGGGAGGUGAGGAUGGCGGACUCGGGCCUGGGCAGCGGCGUCGACGUGAAGCGCUGCAUGGGCGACCUCUUCUCCAGCAGGAGCAUUGUCGUCCUGGACCUGUCCUGGAACUCCUUCUCCGCGGACGUUUUCCAGAACAUCGGGGAGAAGCUCACCGAGAACCAGGUGCUGAAGUCCCUGAGCCUGGCGAACUGCUCCGCCGCCGUGUUCAACUCCGUGGGCGGCGACGUGGUCUCCGCCGCCGCCCACUUCGCGGAGUACCUGGGGCGCGACCGGUGCCUCCGCAG